AUGUCGUCGAUACGGAAAGCAGCUCCACGGCGCACACAUAGAGAAAGAGCACAGCCAUCUGCUCGUUCAAAUCUUGGUCUUCUUGAGAAACACAAGGAUUAUGUCAAGCGAGCCAAGGACUUUCAUAAAAAAGAAAAAGCUCUCAAAAUAUUAAAAGAAAAAGCUACAUUUCGAAACCCUGAUGAAUUCUAUUUUGGCAUGGUCAAUGCUAAAACCAAUAAAGGUGUCCAUACAUUGCAGCGUACCGAAACGUUUGAUCAUGAACUCAAAUCACUUAUGAAAACUCAAGAUCAAAACUAUAUCAAUUAUCAGCGAAGUAUUAAUCUCAAGAAAAUCAAAAGACUUCAAGAAGAUAUCCAUUUUGUUGAAGAAGACAAGGAGGAAUCUGAUAAAGAAGAUUCAGAAGAUAAUGAGAAAAACAGCAUGAGCGACUUUGACGAGCCAGAGCCUGUGCAACCAACCAAAAAACUGCGAAAAUCUGGUCCAUCUCAUACUAUCUUUGUCGAUGAUAAAGCACAAGCAAAGUCGUUUGAUUCAGUAAGCUAUUUUGAAACCGUGCCCGAAUUAGUCAACAAGCCUUUCAAUAGACUUCGGAAAUCUACUUUAGAAAAAGUGGAAAUUCCAUCAAUAACUCCCGAGGAUGCAGCAUAUAUUGCCAAGCAAAAGGAUGCAGCAGCAGCAGAAUUAUCAACUCGCAUGCAACGAGAGGAAAGCCUGCGCAAAGUUCAACUUGAAUUGCAACUUCAAAAGAAUCUCAUGGGCAAAGGAGCUCGCAAGAAGAUUGGAGUGGACAGUCUUGGAUUACCAAAAUACAAAUGGAAGUCUUGCCGUCAAAAAUAA